UCCAUUAAAAUUAUUGAAGGGUUUAAGAAACUAACUGAAAUUGAAUCCAGAAUGCAUCCAAGAUGUGAUGGCUGGUUCUGUGAGCAUUAUAUUUCACAUCAGAUGCCUUUUUUGUACAAAGAUUGUACCUUUCUGGGUGUUAGAAGCUUUGUGAAACCCAAAUUUUGUUAUGAAAUUUCAAGCUACAAAGUUUCAAAUGAAUCAGAGAGUUGAUUCUAGAUUUCCCACUAGAGAGAGAGAAGUUUGUGCUUCUUUUUGAAGUGUUGUUUCAAAGGAUCAUUUAGAGUUGAGAAGAGUUUUCUUCCUUUUGAGUUUUCUCCAUGAGUAAGUUUAGCAGAAUCAUUCUGAUAAUUACGGCUACUUUGCUUGUUCAUGCCAAUGCACAAGUGUCUCCACCAAAAGCUGAUUCUGGUAUUCCAGAAAACCUCACCAUGCUUAUUGGAAUCAUCUCAAUCAUGCUCUCCCUCGCCUUCAUACUUGUUCUUUAUGCGAAAUUCUGUCACCGGAAUUCCCGUGGACCGCGGGCUCAUCUCGGAGUUGGACUUCUCAGAUCAGACUUGAGAUUUUCCGGGGUUGAUCAGAAGGUGAUUGAUUCGCUUCCUUUCUUUAGAUUCUCGUCGCUAAAAGGAUCAAGGGAAGGGCUGGAAUGUGCAGUUUGCUUAUCCAAAUUUGAAGAUAUCGAAGUUCUUCGGUUGCUGCCGAAAUGCAAGCAUGCCUUCCACAUUGGCUGCGUUGAUCAUUGGCUUGAAAAUCACUCGAGCUGUCCGAUGUGCCGGUGUAGGAUCAGCGUUGAGGACGUAGCAUUCUUUACCUGUUCCAACAGUAUGAGACUCAUGAGGAACAACAGCCAGUCAGAGCUGCCACAAGAUCCAAACAUGGAGCUCUUUGUGCAGAGAGAAGAAGAUCAUCACAACUCUUCAAGGUUCAACAUUGGAAGCAGCUUCGGAAAAAUUGGAAAGGGCAGUAAGGAAAAAGACGGAGCCAGGGAACGCCAGAGUGAGGAGCAUGUGGUUUUUCACAAGCAUAAACACAAGAUUCUUGUAUCUGACUUUGUUUUCAUGAACAGAUGGAGCAACUUGAGUUCUUCUGACCUCAUGUUCUUGAAUACAGAGAUGCUUGGGGCCAUGUCAAGCAAUAGAUUCUCUUCCUUGGACACUGACAACAUUCGUCGGUCGGAAACGGGAGAAACUGAGGACAAAAGGAUCUCAAAUAUUAAGGAGGAGAUGGAAAUGAAGAGAUCAUUUGAGACUAGGAUAAGCAUAGCUGAGAAAAACACCUUAAUUUCAAUUACAGGUAUGCCCUCCAUAUCAGAUUCUAAUGCAAGUACGUCAAGGACAAUAAAUCUUAAUGAAAGAAGAUCUGUCUCAGACACCACUGCUUUCUCAAGAUUUGGCAAUUUCAAUGAGAAUGCAAUAAGAGAAACUUCUGUGAUUGAAUCAAAUGCAGAAGAUUACAGAAUUAGGAAGAUUUGGUUGCCAAUAGCAAGAAGAACAGUCCAAUGGUUUGCAAAUAGAGAACAUAGGGCUCAACUUUCAAAGUACACACAGCAGCCAGAUGUAUAGACAAAUUGUUUUGUAACCAUAUGAAAUAGAAAUUUUUUUCUAUUGGGAUUUUGAGAGGCUGCUGUCAUUUCUGUUGUCUUCUAAUACACAAUUUUGAGUUCUUUUGAAGACUUUUC